GUGAGUGCAAACGGAGGGACCUGCAUUUUUUUGGUCGUGUAAAGUAUUAUUGCAGCUGUGACACCACCACCCCUCACCUGUACCCUUUAUACCAGUCACAAUGUUCAGUACAUCCAGCAGCUUCCUUCACAACCAGGUUGUGUUGCCGUUGUCCUACAUUGUGUCACAGUACCCGGGUGUGAGAAGAGGUCACAACAAGGCCAACGCUUCGAAACAAAAUGGAAAUCACGCACCAAACACUGUUGACAUUAUGUGCUCUGACCACUUGGCUGAGACCGUACAGCUGUUGGGUGAGUCGGGACUUGAGGAAGUGAGUAAACUGGUGACGCCUCAGUUAUUACAUCACCUUGCUCUUCAUGGACCUAAGGUGAACCUGCCCUGUGUGGUGGACUUGACCAAGGAAUGCCUGCAGUCAUCACACCUUCUUGAUAGAAAACAAAGAUGGCAUGUUUCUCAUAAAUCAGCGAACACCUUCCUAGAAAAUAAACAUAUGGGUUCCAUCGCACCAUCUUUUUCUGGAGACGUACGACUUCAACCUCUCUUCAAUAUUACUAAGAAACUUCUGUCAUCACACACCCUCUCGCCAAAUGUUGUGCAGUAUUGUGGUUUCAAGACACAGCAGUCUAUUGAACGAGAAGCUCUUCGGCAAUCAUCUGUGACGAACAGGUUACGUGAUGGUUUGAAGUCCAGACAGCGCUCUGUAACCAAUAGAACUUUGCAACAGGAAACAGAACACAACACUAAACUAAAAGGUCUGAUGUCGGAGGAGGCGACAGAAGGAGGUCGCAAAUCUCUCAAAGUGGCUUUUGCUGAAGGUUACCUGGCAGCUGACCCACAGAAACAACAGUCCCGGGCCAUGAGGUGGAUACGUAACUUCCAGCAGGUUUUAGCCGUUGUGGUGUUCAUAGCCAUACUCAUCUCUCUGAUGGGUGGCAUGGGAGGGUCUGUAUUCAGGAUGCAUGUUGGAAAUGGUAAUGAAGUCCAUCCUGAAGAAAUUACUGUUUCAUUUGAGGAUGUAAAAGGGGUGGAGGAAGCCAAGCAAGAACUGCAAGAAAUUGUUGAAUUCUUAAGAAACCCUGAAAAAUUUACCUCCUUGGGAGCUGAACUGCCAAAAGGUGUGCUGUUAGUGGGUCCACCGGGUACUGGCAAAACUCUUCUUGCACGAGCUGUGGCUGGAGAAGCUGGUGUGCCCUUCUUCCAUGCUGCUGGCCCAGAGUUUGAUGAGAUCUUGGUUGGACAAGGCGCCCGUAGAGUGCGUGACCUCUUCCGAGCAGCCAAGAUACGGGCUCCCUGUGUGAUCUUUAUUGAUGAAAUUGACUCGGUUGGAGCUAAACGUUCCAACUCUGUAUUACAUCCAUAUGCCAAUCAGACAAUCAACCAGUUGUUAGCAGAGAUGGAUGGUUUCCAUAAGAAUGAGGGUGUUAUUGUCUUAGGGGCCACCAACCGAAGGGAUGAUCUUGACAGAGCUCUCCUGCGACCUGGAAGAUUUGAUGUGGAAGUCCAGGUUCCUGUUCCAGACCUUGCUGGGAGGAAAGAGAUUUUUGAAUACUACUUGGGUAAAGUGAAGGUUGGACACGACGUAGACAAAAAUGUUCUCUCCCGAGGUACCACGGGGUUCACUGGUGCGGAUAUAAAGAAUGUAACCAACCAGGCAGCACUGAGAGCAGCCGCUGAUCAGGUUGACUCGGUCUCCAUGAAGCAUCUCGAGGCAGCAAGAGAUAAGGUCCUUAUGGGACCGGAAAGAAAAUCUCGCAUCCCAGACGAGGAGGCAAACCUGGUGACGUCUUACCAUGAAGGUGGCCAUACACUGGUGGCUUUUUAUACCAAGGACUCUCACCCUCUGCACAAGGUCACCAUCAUCCCUCGAGGACCAUCUCUGGGACAUACUGCCUACAUCCCAGCCAAGGAGCAGUACCACAUGACCAGAAGUCAGAUGUUGGCCACCAUGGACUCCCUUAUGGGUGGAAGAGCAGCAGAGGAACUAAUUUUUGGUAAUGACCUCGUCACUUCUGGGUCAUCCUCUGAUCUCAAGCAAGCAACCAACAUUGCCACUCACAUGGUGAAGGACUUGGGUAUGAGUGAGCGUGUGGGACUUCGCACAUUUGAAGACAACUCUAGCCAGCUCAUCAGCACUGGUGACUCACUUGGGCAGUCAACAAAAGAAUGCAUUGAUACAGAGAUCAAGAGAUUGUUACAAGAAUCGUAUGAGCGAGCAAAGGCAAUCUUGAAAUCUCAUGCCAGGGAACACAAGGCUCUGGCUGAUGCACUUAUGAAGUAUGAAACUCUAGAUGCUGAUGACAUCAAAGCCAUACUGGAUGGAAAGCCAGUUGCUAAGGAAUUGUAGUGUGAAAAUAAGCCAUAUAUCAUGAUUUUCCCUUUGUAAAUUUUCCUCAUUGUAAAACCGCAUAUAAGACUGCAAGUGUCUCUAAGACUGUGUUUGCUUUAAUCUAGUGUGGAGUUUGGAAUGAAUCACUCAUCCUUUGGAAACUGACUGGAGAAAAUUAAGGUGCUUUUAUGUUUCUCCACUUAUAUUUUCUACCAUUCAUACUCUUCCCAGCUCUCAUUCUGCUACAAGACCAUUAAAUGGUUCCUGGCAUUUUAAAAAAUGGAGAUUUUUUCUUUGUCUCUAAGCCAUUUCCCAUCAUUGUAUAGUAUUGUAUGAGUGGAUAGGAACGAGAGCAACAUAGACUGUCCCAUUAUUCACCCUCAUUCAUACCUCAUCACUUGAAUAGCAGAUGAUUUCUGCUUUGGGAAUCUGUAUCCACAUGACCUCAAGAAUUAUUACCAUAUGUAUUCUGUUCAUAUUUAUGUCCCCUUCCAUCUUCCUGUCUCUUCCCCACCCCACAGUAUUCUUUUUGACAGUUUAAGCAGUCAACGGUUUCAUUUAAUGGUUAUAUCCAUUAUAUUUACCUCUUAGCCCUUUGGCUGCUAGAGAUAUUUCCUCAGCUGAAUAAAAUUUAACGACAGUAACCAGAAUGAAAUUAUAAAGUACAGAAAUGGCACUAAAGGGGUUAAAAGGAUAAGCCAAAUGUUGUUAUUGUAGGCACGGGAGUGCCUAGGUAUUUUAAUUUGUUUUAAGGGAGAUUUUUUAAAGUGUUUUACCCCUUUUUUUAUGAUGGUAAAUGGCACACAUAGUGUAGACACUUUUGUUUGUUGGUUUACUCCAGUGUAGUAUAAGUCAAAGGAAGUACUUAUAUUUCUGAAAGCUCUUCUUUUUUUUAGGUAGAGCUGUAUUUUUAGUGUAUAAAUUAGAUAUGUAAU